AUGAUGACUUUGACCAAGGAAAGGGUUACCAUCAAGUUUGAUCGCAUCUUCAAGACUUCCAAAGGUUUGCUAGGAGCUGUCCAUGCUGUACCUAAGGCAGAGAUAGCUGGUGUCUCUUUGGAGGAAGGAAAGACUGUGGACAUCAACAAGCUUCAUCGGAUUCUAGGUCAUGCUACUGAGGAAACCAUUCGAGAAACUGCCAAGUUCUACAAGUGGAAGCUGAUUGGAAAGUUCACUGCUUGUGAUGCCUGUCGCAUUGCCAAUGCAAGGCAGAAGGAUGUGGCCAAGACUACCAACACCAAGAGUACAGUUCCUGGAGAACGUCUGAUGUUUGACAUCUCCUCUGUCAGUGCUAAGAGCUAUGGAGGCAACAAGUACUGGGGCAUUGUGGUGGAUGACUGUACAGACAAGGUGUGGACGGUGCUGCUCAAGAAGAAGUCAGAUCUUGGGAGCAAGUUGGUCACCCUAAUCAAGACUUUGAAGGGUCUAGGAAGGUGGUGA